AUCCUCCCUUCCCCACCUCGAUUUCCGAAAACCCCCCAAAAAAAAGGAAAAAAUUUCCCCAAUUCCCCACCAGGAUUCUGCCCUGACAACCUCCGCCCGCAGCAAACCCAUUUUAAUGGAGUCCACCAAGAAAUUGGCCGCCCUUCUCUGCUCCCUCACUUCCCAGCUCCUCGCCCUCCUUCUCCUCCUCUUCCCUUCUUCCUCUCCCCAUGAAUCCGCCAAUACCUCCGCUGCAGCCGCCGCCGCCUCCUCUUUCCUCCCUCUCAUCCACCAUUACCUCUCCUCCCAAGAGAUCGCCGCCUUCCUCACCGCCUCCUCCAGGAAACGGAAGCGAACCCAAUUGCCCGACAUCGAUUCCCAUCCGGCCCGCGAUCGCCGAGUCAGCGAGCUGGACCGAGUCGCCGCCGUUGGCACCCGCGGCGUCGACUCGUUCAGGUCCGCCUUCAAGAUGAGCUCCUCCACCUUCGAGUGGCUGUGCGGGCUUCUCGAGCCGCUCCUUGAAUGCCGCGACCCGAUUGAUUCCCCGCUCAACCUCUCCCCGGAGCUCCGCCUCGGAAUCGGGAUGUUCCGCCUCGCAACCGGGUCGGGCUACGCCGAAAUCGCCAACCGGUUCGGGGUCACAGAGUCGGCGGCCCGGUUCUGCUCCAAACAGCUGUCUCGAGUCUUAUGCACCAAUUUCCGGUUCUGGGUCGGAUUCCCUCCUCCAGAAGAGCUCAAUUCCGUGUCAAAAGAUUUCCUUUCUCUAACUGGGCUUCCCAAUUGCUGUGGGGUGAUAGCUUGUACCAGAUUCACCCUCGUUGGCCAUGAAACCCUGGCGGUACAGCUUGUGGUUGACUCGAAUUCCAGGAUUCUGAGUAUAGUUGCAGGGUUUCGUGGCGACAGGAGCGACUCCCAGAUUCUAAAGUCCACGACUUUGUACAAAGAUAUCGAGGAAAGGAAGGCAUUGAAUUCGAGUCCAGUGAUUGUGGAAGGAGUGGCAGUGAAUCAGUACCUAGUUGGAGGCAGGGGAUACCCUUUACUUCCUUGGCUGUUUGUGCCAUUCGGUGAUGAUGAUGAAGAUGAGUCUUUUGAGUCAAGAAGGGAGAAGGAGAUGUUCAACGCCACAGUCGAUUGGAUGCGAGUUUCUGCGGCUAGGACCAUUGGGAGCUUGAGGAAAUGGGGGGUGUUGAGCAUGCCAAUUGGCGAAGACUUCAAGACAGCAGUUGGUUUCGUUGGUGCUUGCUCUAUUCUUCACAAUGUGUUGCUCAUGAGGGAAGGUGGUGGUGAUGUGGAUGAUUUGAUUGGUGGUGGUGGUGAUGAUGAUAAUGGUCAUUUGAUUGAGGAACAUUGGGAUUUGUUUGGGAAGCAAGCUGCUGAUGCAAGACUUGCAUUGGCUAAGAGGGUGGCACAGUUUAAGAAAUCAUAAAGAACUGGGACAGUUCAUAAGAUGAAAAUAGGACGAUGAUUGGUUGUUGUGAUUUGUUUUUGACAGAUAGGUACCAUUAUAUGCUGAUGAUAUGAUUCAUUCUUUGCUUCAAAUUUUGUGGGAUGAGUGGCUCAUGCUACCAAGGUUUUGCUGAAGGAGGAGUUCUGCUAAUCCUUUGUCUAAAGUCUAAACGGAUUUAUCCAAAAUGGCAGAUUGUCUAACUGCUGCCUGUCUUCAGAGUCUAAUGCUUGGGACUCCGAGGAUGCUGGCUUCUUUUCUGGAUUUUGCAUUCUUAUGGCUCACGAAUCUACAUGAACGGAUUUCAUGAUCAAUGUUGAGUAGAAGAUCCCUGCUUUAGUACCUAAAAAUCAAGUCAGAUAAAUGUUUACCGGUAGACAAUUAACAUCGAUGUACUUCAUGAGGCACUGCAAAGCAAAUUGCAACUUUGCAAUGGCAAGCUGCACUCGUGCAAUAAAAGUUUCAAUCUGCUAUUUCUAGACUUAGCAAUUGGCAUGCAAUUGCAGAUGUGGAUAGCCUAACAGAAUGGAGGUUGUGGUUUUCCAGUUAGGGGAACGGAGAACAGAUGAAGAGUAAGAAGAAGAGUGUUGCAGUUCUGGGUUAAGAAUAUAGAUGGAAGAAGAAGAAGAAAAAAACUUGAUGGAUGUCAACACAGCUAGAGCAUAAGUAUUUUUGAAAUCUUGGAAGUGGGAGUUUUCAAAAUAUGGCAACCUAAAAAAAACAAAUUCUUAGACCCUUUUACAAAUUUUCAUAAAUAACACUGUUAAAAAAAAUUACAAAAUAGCAACCAAUUCCGAAAAUUUUCAAAAAUAGCACCCUUUCUAAAAACGCCAGGAAAACCGCUGGGUAGUGGGUAGGAGUUUUCGACCAAAAUCACUUGGGUUGGGGGCGGUUUUGUUGACCACUACGGGUAGGAGCAGUUUUGGUUCAUAACCGCUGCCAAACCCAACGGUUUUGGUCCUAUUUUUUUCGAUUAUUUUUAACCUAGGUGGAAACUUUAAAACGAACGUAUCUUUGUGUUCGGGUAUCCGAUUGUAGCGAAAUUUUUUUUUAUGUCGCAUAACUUUUCGAGAUCUUGCAACCGCAAAAACCAUAGGUGGUUUGGUCCCGCCUUCGUCCCGAAUAAACGUCAUUUGCUACCCCGAAUGGGUUUUUUUCGAUUUGGCCAAACUUUGACCGUCCAUAACUUUGUGCUCCGCAAUCCGAACGUCGUGAAAUUAUAUUUGAUUUUGCAUAACUUUGUGCUCCUACCCGCAGCGGUCAACAAAACCGCCCCCAACCCAAGCGGUUUUGAUCUAAAAUCGCGCCCCCACCAAGCGAUUUUUUAAUUAAUGACACACCAAUCUGACGGUUAAAAAGUGAGAAGAGUUUUUUAAUUAAUGAUAGGGGUAGCUUGGGUAUUAUGAAAAAUUAUGAAGUGUACAAACCAGACUUACAAACAGUACAAACCAUAAAAACAUGCAAACAUUACAAACUAGAACGACAAAACAUACAAACAAAUUUUCAAACAAUACAAAAUGUAUGAACUAUACAAACAAUACAAAGUAAAUAGACAAAAACUUACAAACAUUACAAAACAAAUCAACAAACAUUACAAAACAUAAUGCCGUCAAAAUCGCGCUUUAAAACUUAAAAACUUACGAUUUUACGCUUUUGAGUCACCAAAACGCUUUCGUUUCCACUUUCCAUAUAAAAACUUAAGUGUAUAAAAUCGGACUAAAUUGCGCUUUAAAGC